AUGAGGAAGGCAACGGGAAACCACCUCAUAACUACAUGGAUUGUUCAAGGUCUACUCCAAGAUGGUAAACUGGAAAAUCUGGAAAUGGAAAUGAGGAUACUGAAAAUGGAUAUAAUAGGUAUUAGUGAAACUCACUGGAAAGGAUGCGGAGAAAUAACGACCAAAAACAACAAUUAUUUUGUAUAUUCUGGUGUAAACGUCGAUCAACAAAGUAGAAAAGGAGUAGGAAUUUUAAUGAACGAUCUGUUGAGGUCUUCUAUAAAUUGUAUAAUAAAAAAGUCUGAAAGAAUUAUAAUGGUAAAUAUGAAGACAAAAUCAGGAAUCAUGAAUGUAAUACAGAUAUAUGCGCCUACUGCGGAUAGUGAAGACGACGUCUGCGAAGAAUUCUACGCUGAUCUAGAAGAAGUACUAGCACUUACUAAAAAAGAUGACACAACAUUAAUAAUGGGAGAUUUUAACGCCAAAGUGGGUAAAGCAAAGGUAUUAGAUAUUGUGGGCGUAUAUGGUUUGGUAAAUGCAAGAUUUAGAAACGCAAUCAAAGGUGCAAAGACUUAUCCUGGUGCAGAUAUAGGCUCUGACCACAAUCCAAUAGCGGUCAAAGUGAAAGUUUCGUUGAAGAAAAUGUUGAAGAAAAAGCACAACAGUAAACCGAACUUUAACCUACUAGAAGCACAAGAAACGCGAAAUGAAAUAAAAAACUAUCUAAACCAAAAAGUCGCAGAACAAGCAAUAGAACUAAGAAGCGAAGAAGAUAUUGAUAAGAUUUUGGAACAAGCUUAA